CCGCAGCAGCGCGAGGAGAAAAAAAAUAAAAAUCCAUCCGUCAGUCAGUAGUUCGCGAGUGCGACCCGAGAGGAAGAAACUCUUGUAAUUUGCUGCUGCUGGUUGGCAUUUGUACCACGUUGUUCGUUCGUUUCGUUUCGCUCUGCACAAUGGCCGAUUUGGACGAUUUUUUCGCGAAAAAGGACCGCAAGAAGUCGAAAGCGAAGAAGUUCGCCACCCCGGAGGAGCUGGCCAAAUCGAUCGAGGAAGCCGCACGGAAAGCUGCCGAGUCAAAAGCGAGAAAGGUGACCCCGUCGUCGGCGGCGGCGGCCGCGGCUAGUGACGGGGCUGCCGGAGAGCAGCAGAAGAAGGUGGAAAAGGCGGAUGAGGAGUGGAAGGAGUUCGAGGAGGAGCGAAAGGACUACAGCGGGCUGAAGCUGGCUCAGUUGACCAUCUCGGAACAGGAAGGUGGCGAGGAGACUGGUGGCAAAGAUGGUGGUUCCGCUGGAGAUGGUGAAGGAGAGGGUGGCGAAGCCGGCACGGGAAAUGCCAAGUCCGGAGCGUGGCGGAAUGUUGAAUCGGGAGGUGCGGAUUCGGCGGAGAAACAGCAGCAGCAGCAACAACAACAGCAACGGCCCGGAUCCAGUGUGUACGUGACGCCGGCGAUGAAGAAUCUGCGGCUGAAGAAGAAGGGCGUAGCGCCGGAUCUAAAGAACGAGGAAUUCUUCCCGACGCUGGGCGCGGAACAACCGGCGGAUCCGUCGGCGGCGCGGGGCAAGAAGGAUUCCACCUUCGAGGAGGUGAAACACGGUGGCCGGGUUCGGGCGUCGGAUCUUCCGUCGGCGCAGCCCCUGCAGGUAGGCAACAGAUUCACCUCACUGAGCAACGACGCGAGCUAGAGAGAGAGAGAGGAGGCAGGUAGACAGAGUUCCGGGCGGGAGGCGGCAGCGGGAAUGCCAUCACGACGGGGCCGGGCCGGGACGGCAUCCUAGGUUUUUGUAUUGUUUAUUAUGCUCUUUAAUUAUCUAGCGUUUUCUUCCAAAAUUAAAGAUCCCGCGUUUAUGAAUGUGCUCCUUACCUAAAUACCUAUUUACAAACAGAAAUAGACUGCUCGCUCACUACCUAACAGAGAUAAAGAAGGGAAGCUACACUACUCUGAGACUUGUUUGUACUUGGAAGGGGUUUCGCGGUUCCGGGUAGGUGAGAUUGUUCCUCGUUUUCAUUGAAGAUUGUUCUUAGUGGCACUGCACAGUAGUUAAAAUCGCGAAAGCAUUUUCAGUUAGGGAGAUUCCUUUAGGAGCUCCACCAUAGAUUCUUACCUCUUUAGGAAUUAAUUGUGGCUUUUAUAACAGAGACCCUCUUUUUUUCCCAGGAGUUCCUGCUGAGUUCCAUUCAGCAUCUAUUGAACUUUCUCAAGCAGUUCUUCCGAGGGAUUCUCCAGGAAGUAUUCACGUGAUUUUUUUCCAAGAUUUUGUACCUAAAAACUUUUUGUGAUUUUUUCUGGGGUUCCUUUUGAGUCUAAUUGUACCUAUAACUAGAUUCUUCUGGGAUUUCCUACCGAAGACUGCAAGAAAAAGGCCCAAGUACUUCUGAGAUUCGACCAGCAAUUUCUCCAGAUGUUUCUUUUUGAUUUCCUGCAGAAGCUUCUCCUAGGAUUUCUACAGAAGUUCUUUGCUCUUUUUGGGACUCCUGUAAGAGCUUCGCGUUUAAAAUUUUUCCAGGAUUUUCUAUUGGGUUACUUCCAGCAGUUUCUUCAGAAAAUCCUCUUUCUGGUAACUCUUAUAGAGUUCCUACCAGGAAUCCUUCAGGAAUUCAUUUUAGGAAUCUUGCCAGAAGGUUUUUUUUCAGGAAUUUUCCUCAGAAUUUCAUGAAGAAAAUUCUAAAUCGAAUUGCUAGAUUAAUCCCCAUGAAGAAUACUCUCCAGGAGUCUCAGAUUGAACCGUUGUAGAAAUCCCUAAAGAAAUUCAUGUAGAAUUCUUGGUAUGAAAAAUUUGAUGUCUUGAAAGGUCUUCAAAGUUGACGAAGCAAUCUUACUCCAGGAACAGUGAAACACCUACCAAGCAGCAAGUGUUUUAACUACACUCAACACCGAGAACCGAAUCGAAUCAGCUGAAUUUUAAAAUAAGGUAGUCAGAAAAAAAAACACACAAGAAUCAGAUAAUCUAGAAACAACAUCUACAACUCAGCAGCGUGCGCUGCUAUCUCCCGCAUGCUGACUGCUGUAUGUACUGGAAGACAGGAACUGAUGAUGAUGGGUUUGAUACUGAAUUGCGCGAGAAAAUAAAAAAAAAAUAAAAUACUAUUAAAUAUGAAGUCUUCGUCGUUAUUAUUCUUUCACAAUACUUUCCGCGAAAGCUGUGCGUGUUGAUUUUGUAAUAUCAAUAAAAAAAAUAUGAUAAAAACUGAUCAAA